AUGUCUAUAGACUUCUCAGAUGAGGAUUUACUAUUGGGAUCUAAACUUCAUAAUAGACCCUUGUAUGUUUCUGGAUAUGUUCAAGAACAGAGAGUCGAGCGAAUUCUCGUCGAUAAUGGAUCAGCUAUUCAUGGAAAUGGAGUAGUAACAUCGACACUGCAUCAGUGUUUUAAAUUUUAUCAAGAUGGCGUAAAGAAGGUUGAAGCCGACUCCAACCCAUUCUCAGAGGCUGAAUCUCACUUUGCAGAUGCAAAGUUUUAUUUAAAGAAUGACGGUAGUCCAGAAGUCGUGUCUGUAGAAGUUCCUCUUGUAAACAAAGAAGAUAAUUUACAGCUGAAAUCACUUGCAAGCAGGGAAUCACAUAAAAGUACAGGAACCUUUCAUUCUGGAAAGAGUGAGGCAUCUACAAGCACCGCAAAAAGUGUGAUCGUGAUGGAUGAAAAGACUUCGAACCCACCGAUUUUGCGCUAUGUCCCCCUGUCGAGGCGUAAGAAAGGCGAAUCACCAUUUGUAGAGUUCCCACAAGGCUUGAAAGUUGGUGACAUUGAAGUCUUAAAAGAAAGCUUCACUACACCACUUACCAAAAUAACUAAGCAAGAAAUAAAAAUAGACCUGAUAGAAGCAAGCUUGCCUCAAAGGCGGACGAAAGACGGGUUCGACCCCAAGGCUUACAAAUUGAUGGCGAAAGCAGGUUAUGACUUCACAACUCACACUGAGUUUAAAAGUUUGAAAAUUCACGAACAACCUAAGCUUUCCUCAACCCAAAAGAAGCUGUUACGGGAAGGACAUGCUAUACCUAUGUCAAGAAAAGGACUCGGAUACAAGCCGCCAGAGCCAAUCCGUAUAACUAGAAAGGGGAAGGAAAAAGUGGUUGAUAGCAAUCAUAUAACUGUAAAGGAGGUCGAUAGUAUGGAAGAAAAAGAAGGUGACAGUCAAAGAACCUCAACAUUUGACCGACUUAGUCCACAUGUUGCACGCGCCCCAGUGAAAAGACAUGAUGUUAUAUUAACUAAUUCUGAAAAGGAAGACUUAGAACAAGAAGAAGGCGAAAUCUCAUGUCAUCACAUCACCAUUCUUGAGGAAUUAGAGAUUGAAAUUCCUGAAGAAGACGCAGAAGAUGCCCCACAUAGUCUAGAGGAUGGUGGCCAAUCUGCCGUAGACAAGCUGAAAGAGGUAAACCUUGGUACAAUAGAAGAACCGCACCCAACUUUCAUUAGUGCAUCUCUCUCUAGUGAAGAGGAGGGUAAGUACAUGAGUUUGCUUACAGAGUAUAAGGACAUUUUUGCUUGGUCAUACAAGGAGAUGCCAGGAUUUGAUCCAAAGGUAGCAGUCCAUCAUCUUGCAAUUAAACCAGGAUAUCGACCGAUUAAACAAGCACAACGACGUUUUCGACUAGAGCUUAUUCCCCAGAUCGAGGUUGAAGUCAACAAGUUGAUUGAAGCAGGAUUCAUUUGUGAAGUCAAAUAUCCCACAUAG